UCAAGUCAAAUUGUUAUAAAAAUAAAAUAGUUAUAAAAAAUAUGUCGGAAGAAGUUGAGGAGUAUCCGUUGCAUAAAGCAGUUUUUCAAAAUGACUUGCCUAAUUUAUCGAAACUCUUACGUAAACAUAAUAUUGCAUCGAAAGACAAACAUGGUAACACUGCCCUUCAUUUAGCUGUUAUGCUUGGUAGAAAAGAAUGUGUACAACUCCUUUUAAAAUAUGAUGCCCCUGUAAAAGUAAAGAAUGGUUUAGGCUGGACAGUAUUAGCUGAAGCAGUUAGUUAUGGAAAUCGACCUACAAUAUAUUCUUUAGUCAGAAAAUUCAGACAGCAGUCUAGAGAACAAAUGGAACAAAGACGACCUAACUUAGUUGAAGCUUUAAAUAAAAUAAAUGAUUUUUAUAUGGAGUUGAAAUGGGAUUUUCAAAGUUGGGUUCCUUUAGUCUCAAGAAUACUGCCAUCCGAUGUAUGUAAGAUAUAUAAAUCUGGAGCUAGUAUUCGAUUAGAUACCACACUUGUUGAUUUUUCUGACAUGAGAUGGGAAAGAGGUGAUAUUUCUUUUAUCUUUAAUGGAGAUGCUAAACCAAAUGAAAGUCUAACAGUCCUGGACAACAACAGUAAAGUUUAUCAGCAAGUCAGAUAUGAAGAAUCUGAAAUGGAAAUUGAGGAUGAAGUAGAUCUUUUAAUGUCUACAGAUAUUUUAGCUGCACAAAUUUCAACUAAAAGGAUUUCAUUUGCUCGUGCUCAAAGUGGAUGGAUCUUUAGGGAGGACAAAAAAGAAUUAGUUGCAGGACAAUAUGAUGCAGAACUUUAUUCUGUUCAUGGCUUAUCACUUGAAAGUAGAAAACGAAGAGAACAUUUAUCCUCAGAUGAUUUACAGAAAAAUAAGGCUAUUUUGGAAAGUUUUACAAAGGGAGGAAAUUUACAAAAUUUAGAUCAGAAUGGAGCACCAGUCAGAAGAACAAGCCUAAUUCCCCCUCCCGAAAAAAAUGUUACAUGGGAUGAUUACAUUAAUGCAGAAAUUAAUAAUUAUCCAAGAUUGGGUCGAGAUUUAGUCUAUAAAGAAUCGUCUAAAUCUUUUAAAGCUACUAUUGCGAUGAGCUCAGAUUUCCCGCUAUCAGUAGAAAUGCUUUUAAAUGUUCUCGAAGUAAUAGCACCUUUUAAGCAUUUUUCAAAACUCAGAGACUUUAUUACAUUUAAAUUGCCUAAUGGGUUUCCGGUUAAAGUAGAGUUGCCUAUUUUACCCACUGUUACAGCAAAAAUUACAUUCCAAGAGUUUGAAUUUAGAAAUGAUAUUUCAAACACAUUAUUUAGUGUUCCUGAUGACUAUAUAGAAGAUCCUACUAGGUUUCCUGAUUUAUGACGCCCUGAACUGACCAGUUGCUUCAAGCUCCAUUUCGAGCCUAAACCACAAUUUCUAGCACUGAACGAGCGGCGAAGAAUAUAUAAGAAAAGCUCAAAAGGUCGUUUUAGGAUUAAAGCUCCCUCUUCGAAGAACGAAGACGGACUAAACCCCAGGAAUCCGGUGUUGUUGUUGGAAGUUCCGAUGCUUUUUACUUUGGGUAGUGUUUAUGGAGCAAGCUGUCUGGUCUACGUUGAGUAAUAUUUUUGUGUGGUCAGUUAUGGCGCCAUAAAACCUAAUUUAUUUUUGCUUGGUCGUUUACGAAUAGCAAAUAAUAAUAACGGCUGGUUUAUACUUCCGAUCUUAAUCCUAAUACUAUUCUUGAUAUAAAGAAUAUGGAUCCAAAUAAUUGCAUGAGAGCAUCAAUGGUUCCUAAACAUUAGCCCUAGUCCUAAAAGGUCCUAAGAAAUAUGGUAUAUUUUGUAUACUCAGGACUAACGCUAAUUCUAAAUUAAUUUGCGCACAGACAGAUUCUGCACAAUUUGACAGAUUCAUGUUGACGGUUGGUAAAUGGUUUAGACUCCGUUCACACUGAGCGACUUUCAGUUGACCAGCCAGCCAACGGUACUUUAACUUCCUGAGUCUUGAAUACGAGAUCGAGACUUUGUGGCAUUUUUCAAUAGUCAGAUGAUAUAAACUACCACUGAAAACACACCCAAGCGCCAAAUAUUGCGCCUCAAUCACGCCCCAGCCCUACGAUCGAGAAUUCGUACCCCGUCGUCGGCCGUCUCGUCAUCGGCGUCACAUGAUCUUAAAUCAAAUCGUCGCUGCAUCUUAAAUAGGUAGGCAAUUCGAACUUUCCAAGCUAGAAUUGUUUCGCCUCUGUGUGCCUCUGGUGAGCGAAAACUUUUUCCAGAAUGUGUGAAUUGUAACAAGUUAUACUGGGAUUAAAUAAAAAAACUAGAUAUAAAAAAUAAAUCGUUUAUUUUAAAUAUAACCGAAGCGCGGCCUCAGAGGCCUACCCUGACGAGCCGCUACUGACUUAUAGUAUCUAUUCAUUGAUCUGGUAAUGAUUAGGUUUUAUUUUCAAAUAAGUGAAUUUGUAGUCACUUUGUUAUAAACUUUAAUUUUUCUGUAAUAAAGGUAUUUAAAAAAUAUGCCAUCGCUCGUAGGGAUAUUUUUUUUAUAUCAACAUAGGUCCGAUUCUGCUUUGUUUUGUAGCUACAGGGAGCUAGAGUCUUAUUUUUUUUUUCGAUUUGUUAUAAUUUUCUUUAAAAUGCUUUUACCGAUUCGAAUGGCAUUUUGAGGGUAAAAGUUAUUAUAUUAUACAAGUUACGCUACAUAUUUUAGUGCUAAAAGAUUGGAUUUGUCUCAUCCAGGAGACCGAAAUCAACAAAAUAUCAAGUUACAACUUUUAACCUGCGUUAAACGGCCUACAAAACUGUGGUCAUAAGAGAAAAAAGUCAGUGGCGCACAGUUUUUUUAGAAGAAUAUUUAACUGCAGAGCUACGACCUGAAUCCCCAGCGGGAAAUUUAAAUUCCUGUUAGUCAGCCCGGCGCCGAAUAUGUCGAUGGUUGGCAACAAUGAAUUUGUUGAAAAGUUUAAUUGGUAUCAAAUAUAAUGUUUCAUCUACGAGCUAAGUAUACACUAAGAUAUUUUUACGGUAAGAGUACAAACGAGAGUUCUUUAAAUUAAUAAGAUUAGGACUAAUAUCUGAAGUACGAACCAACCGUAAAAGAGUAUUUUAAUUGGUGUUAAAACUCAUCAUUUAAAGUUGACUACUUGUUAGUUUUUGAUAUAUUGUAAAGUGCGUACAGAUAUAGCAAACGAAGGCGAACAAAUUCAGCCAAAGGGAUUAGCUCCCCAUGCACGGAAAGGCCCGGCCUGCGGAUCCGGCCUUCAGAUACUAGAUAAAAUAAAUACAUAAUAGGAGGAAAAAGACUAAUGGCGCCGGCCUAAGUGAAAACUAAAAGUGCGUAUUGCCACGUAUUCGAUGGUAUUUCCGUAUAUUUUAAGAACAGAAUUCAAUUGAUAACCCAUCUCGACAACAUUAGACCAAAGGGAAAAUAGCAUGUAUGCGCAAGUGUACUAUUUCCAUCCCAUAAACAAGAAUGAACUUAUGUCGUCAAACCAUAUAAACUUGCUUUUCUGUCCUUCGGUACUCUCAUUGCUUAUAUAGGACAGCCGCAGUAUAGUCUUAAACGUAUUUGACAACCGUUCAUUCGCCUUCUUUGCUGUAUCUGUACGCACCUGUAUUGAUUGAUUUGAAAAAGCUUAAUAUUCUAAGUUUAGACUGUACUUAUAGAAUUUUUAUGAAUGUUGUACGGUGUUUGAAUGGUUAACGCUUUUUUCACAUUUGGUGAAGAAAUCGGACUCUAUUAAAAUUGACACAGUUUAGACCACAGAUAAUAAUAAAUUAGCAAAGCAAUAAUUAUUUUUUCUAGUCUAUUUUAUUGAAAAAUAUAAGACAUUCACCGAUUUCUUCAUUAAUAAAACACCUAGUAUACUCUUUAUUCUAUUAUUAAAAUACCAAGAAAUCCAUUCUUGCUAUCUGUGUGUACGUAUACGUUUUAGUAAAUCUACAUUAUUUUUUCUCCAGAUAUAAUCCAUAAAAGAUACAGGGUUUAAAGUUUUUUAGGUCUAUCUAAAUAUUCAUUAUCUGUUUUUUUAUUUAUUCCAUUUUAAUGUGAUUGACCAAAUAAAAUAUGAUCUAUACUUUUUCCAGAGUGGAAAAGUUAGUAUUAAUACUGCUUAUAAGUUCAUUAUUACUUUUGAGAAUUCGUAAGUUUUAACUAUCAUUGUUUUUAAUAAAAAGAAUUAAACAGAAC